AUGCAGUUCCCGUUGCCUUUAGCAUUAAGCAAUUCCACUUCCGUGGACUGGUCGAUCGAUGUCGAUGCUCGCCUGCUUCUUCUCAGCUCCGAUAAGGCGAUAACUCCUCCUGACCUGCUCCGAUGGCGACCGCAGCGGCGAUGCGUGCUUAGGCUCAACCUAAGCAGAUCAUCGCACAAAUCGUUGGCAUUAUAUAUGCAAGCACACGGGCGUCCAGUCCAGGUCGAGCUACAGCUUUCCAUGGAGGCAAGAGUAAAACCACCCCAAGGCACACGACAUCAAAGAGGGCCAGCUCCAGGUCGGGUUGGCGGUGGCCACCAUCAUCUUGCUUCUCCACCACUUUCCGCCCAUACCUCGCCAGCCACCUGCACCUGGGGACAUCAAGGAAGGUGA